AUGUCUAAUCAACGAAAUUACAUUUAUUCUGAUAGUUCCUCAUCCGAUUCUAAUUCACCGGUAGUUCCUCUCGGUUACAUGGGUGAUGAUGGUACGACGUAUUAUUUUUACUCUGCUAACUCUAGACCUAAUAUGAGAACCCGAGAUAAGUUGAUUAUAUUGACAAUAUUUGUCAUAAUAAUGGCGGCUGUGUUCAUAAUCCUAUCCAUAAACAAUUCAACAAGGAUAGAAAAUCUUGUCGAAAGUUACAACAAUAUGAAAGAUACGAUAAUCAAAUGCACCUUAUCAACAGGAUAA